GGUGCCGCGCACACUGCUGCGGCUAGCGGAGGACGGCCCACGUGUCUCCCUAGACUCUGGCCUUGAGUUCCCCCGGCUCCCUUUACCCCAGCGAGCCAGGGCGCCCCCUUGCCCCGCUUUGGUGUCCACCCACCAGCCUCCCCCCCGCCCCCCCCCGCGCGGGAGCAAGUCCUCGUACAGUUCCCCGCGCUUGGUGGGCCAACUUGGCGGAGCAACUUUGUCCAGAGAGCGGCGCCGGGGGCGGGAGGGGGGGGAACAGGGCACUGCGCAUGCGGAGCUCCAAAUUCAAACAGCUGUUUCCAGAGGCUGUAGGGCGCGUGGACCCGGAGCCGCAGGGGCUAGGGGAGCCUUUCUCCAGGAGGCGGCCGCUUGAGAGCCAUGGUGGACCGGGGCCCACUGCUCACCUCGGCCAUCAUCUUCUACCUGGCCAUCGGGGCGGCGAUCUUCGAGGUGCUCGAGGAGCCACACUGGAAAGAGGCCAAGAAAAACUACUAUACACAGAAACUGCAUCUGCUCAAGGAGUUCCCGUGCCUGGGCCAGGAGGGCCUGGAUAAGAUCCUGCAGGUAGUGUCUGAUGCUGCAGGACAGGGAGUGGCCAUUACAGGGAAUCAGACCUUCAACAACUGGAAUUGGCCCAAUGCAAUGAUUUUUGCAGCUACAGUCAUCACUACCAUUGGCUAUGGCAAUGUGGCCCCCAAGACCCCUGCUGGGCGCCUCUUCUGUGUCUUCUAUGGUCUCUUCGGGGUGCCACUCUGCCUGACGUGGAUCAGCGCCCUGGGCAAGUUCUUCGGGGGACGUGCCAAGAGGCUGGGCCAGUUCCUCACCAGGAGAGGCGUGAGCCUGCGGAAGGCGCAGAUCACUUGCACAGCCAUCUUCAUUGUGUGGGGCGUCCUGGUCCACCUGGUGAUCCCGCCCUUCGUGUUCAUGGUGACUGAGGAGUGGGACUACAUCGAGGGCCUCUACUACUCCUUCAUCACUAUCUCCACCAUCGGCUUUGGUGACUUCGUGGCCGGUGUGAACCCCAGCGCCAACUACCAUGCCCUGUACCGCUACUUUGUGGAGCUCUGGAUCUACCUGGGGCUGGCCUGGCUGUCCCUCUUUGUCAACUGGAAGGUGAGCAUGUUUGUGGAGGUCCAUAAGGCCAUCAAGAAAAGGCGGCGGCGGAGGAAGGAGUCCUUUGAGAGCUCUCCACACUCCAAAAAGGCCCUACAGAUAGCUGGGAGCACAGCGUCCAAAGACAUCAACAUCUUCAGUUUUCUGUCCAAAAAGGAGGAGACCUACAAUGACCUCAUCAAGCAGAUCGGGAAGAAGGGAAUGAAGACGAACGGGACUGGGGAGAGGGUCCCAGCAGUGGGGCUGGGGCCUCAGGGGGGUGGGCUGCCAGCCCUCCCCACCUCCCUGGCCCCCCUGGUGGUUUACUCCAAGAACCGGGUGCCCAGCUUAGAAGAGGUGUCUCAGACACUAAGGAACAAAGGCCAUGUGUCACGGCCCCUCAGUGAGGAGGUUGGGGCGGGGCCCCCCAAGGAUGGCUCCCUGACCCCUGAAGUGUUCAUUAACCAGUUGGAUCGAAUCAGCGAGGAGGGGGAGCCAUGGGAUGCCCAGGACUACCACCCACUCAUCUUCCAGAAUGUCAACAUCACCUUUACAAAUGAGGAAGCCGGCCUCUCAGAUGAAGAGACGUCCAAGUCCUCGAUAGAGGACAACCUGGCAGGGGAGGAGAGGCCCCAGGAGGGGGCCGAGGCCGAAGUGCCCCUGAACCUGGGCGAGUUCCCCUCAUCUGAUGAGUCCACCUUCACCAGCACCGAGUCUGAACUCUCCGUGCCUUACGAACAGCUUGUGAACGAGUAUAAUAAGUCAGACUGUCCCAGAGGCACGUGAGGCAGGGCCGGCUCCCCACCCCACCUUCGAUGGCUUCCGUUUCCCUCAUCCUAGGGCGUCCUACUCUGGCCCCUGGUGGGGGGCAGCCCUGGAACUGGGAGUGGGGGGCCAGGGGCCUUCCUCACCUUCCAUCCCCUGCAGCUAGAUGCUACUGGCAAACAUAGCAUGUGCCUAGGACAGGGCCUCUGUUCUCCGGUUGAAUGGGCACCCUGGCAGUGGGAGGCAUCUGUCCUGAGCAUGGCUGGUAAUUUUGAUGGUUCAGUGACCUGUGUGGGCUGGCAGGUGACCCUCAAGGAGGCCUGCACCUGCAUGGGUCUUCGUGCGUCAUCCGGUUGAAAAUGUCACACGGUUCUCUUAGGCCGGGGGCCUCGGCUGUUUGAGUUCACCAGUGUUAAUGAGCUCCUGUGAGCCCAGCACUGAGUCAGGUAUUUCAGAAAAGAGGCAGGGGAGGGCAUUGUGAGACCCGGGUCCUGCCUUUGAAGGAGGGACAGCUGUGGUGUUGGGGGUGCUGAGCAUUUCAGCUCUUCAGCAGUAGCGGGGCCCUGUGUGGGGCACAUGUGUGACCAUCCCCCAGGCCCUCCUCGUCUGCCUGUCAGGCCUCUACUGCAAUCUCAGUAGGGAAGAGGCACCCAGGGGAAGGGAGAGAGGAGAUACUGGGCAGGUGCUGAAACACUCCUCUGAUAUAAGGGCCUGGGAGCAAGCUCUGAGUGUGGCCCAGGGUCUUGUCACUGUGCUCGGACCAAGCCCCCCCCCCCCCCGCCCCAACCCAGAGCCCAGUUCCCCGAUGCAGACACCCUUUGGCCAAGCAGUGACAGACGUCGGCUUUCUCUCUUCCCAGGAACGUUGGGGGAAGAGGGUGGCAGUAGCCAGGGAGCUGCAGGAGUAAGCUCACCUCUGGCCCCAGCCUCCCCAUCUGGCUGGCUCCUCAUCCCCUGUGCCCAGAACAAGGACCUCAUGGCUCCCUGGCCCUCCUGGCCCCGUGGUGGUGGAGGGGAGGGGGGGCAGGGGGAGGAGGUAAAUUGCUCUUGGCUUACAAGCGGGAAUGGCCAAAUAUGUGAAUCGGCUCCUUCCUACAGCCACGGUUUACCAUUUGUGUGUGCGUGUGUGUAAGUGUGUUUAAGAAAGAAAGGACUGGGGACAGGGGGAGCAAAAGAUAAUGUGAAACUGUGCACAGACCCUCUCUGAUGAGGGGCCGGCAAAGUUCUCUGUGAUGCACACCUGAGGGCCGGCCCUCUCUGCCCUGCGCAUUGUUAUUUUUAAAUAAACUGCUGUUUUUAUAUACCUGGCACCUGUUGGCUUCAGAGCCAGAGGGGAGAGGAGGUGAACGAGCAGGGUCCCAAUGACUGGGAUGUUACAUGUUCACCCUUCUACCCCCAACUCAGCUGGGCCUUUCUUGGUGACCUCAGCCAAGGUCAUGCUGUCAAGAGUCCCCACGUAGAGAGGGCGCCAAGGUACCCAUAAGCGCGUGAGCAGCACAUUUGGGGGAGAGGCAUCUGUCACAGGCACCUGAGGCCAGCCAGGAGGUGAGUGAUCACCCUUGGCCCAAACACUCUCUCAGCCCCCCGCCCAGUAUUGUGGGGCUGGACCCCACCCCCCAACAUGUGAAGACGGUGAUGGGCCUGUGUGUCCACACCCGCAUUCAUCCAGUGACCCAGGGCUAUGCUGGCUGGGCAACUGGGUGAGAAGGAGUGGCCUUCGGUGUUUCUGUGAAUGUUUUAAUGAGUUCAUCUUCGUUUCCUUGCCCCACCUUGCCGGGGUGUCCCUGGCUGUCCUGGAAUCACACUGUGUGUACAUACUGGCAAUGAUGUCAAAUGUAAUUUAUUUUAACCUUUUUACAAUAAAGCUUGAGAUGGACAGGCCA